UGCAAAGUUGAGGCUGUGCGCGGCUGGGCGAUCUUCAGGAGCGCAGGCCUGGCCGAGCAGCCGCGCGAAGCUAACACUGCGGAGUCUGCGCGCCCCCGCGGCCCGAGGCGCUCCGAGCGGCCACGCGCACGCCCCGCCCCCACUGGGUUCCUCGUGCCCCGGGGACUGCGAGGAGUACCCCGCCGCUGGGCCGGAGCUCCCGCGCCUUUGGGAGGAGCGCGUCCCCGGCGACUUCUGACACUGCGUGUCAGCCGUAAUCUAGAUUCAAGAUGAAUAAUGAUCAAGUUAUGCUGGUGGGUCAAGUGUUCGAGUCAUAUGCUUCAGAAUACCAUAAGAAUGACAUUCUUCUGAUCUUGAAGGAGAGAGAUGAAGAUGCUCAUUACCCAGUUGUAGUUAAUGCUAUGAACCUUUUCGAGACCAACAUGGAAAUUGGAGAAUAUUUCAAUGCAUUCCCCAAUGAAGUGCUAACUGUUUUUGAUAAUGCACUGCGAAGGUCAGCCUUGACAAUUCUCCAGUCCCUUUCUCAGCCUGAGGGUGCUUCCAUGAAGCAGAAUCUACAUGCCAGGAUAUCAGGGUUGCCUGUCUGUCCUGAGCUGGUGAGGGAACACAUCCCUAAAACCAAGGAUGUGGGACACUUUUUAUCUGUCACCGGGACAGUGAUUCGAACAAGUCURGUGAAGGUGCUGGAGUUUGAACGAGAUUACAUGUGUAACAAAUGCAAACAUGUAUUUGUGGUCAAGGCUGACUUUGAGCAGUACUACACCUUCUGCCGCCCAUCCUCAUGUCCUAGCUUGGAGAGCUGUGAUUCUUCUAAAUUCACCUGCCUUUCAGAUUUGUCUGCAUCUCCAUCCCGGUGUAGAGAUUACCAGGAAAUCAAAAUUCAGGAACAAGUUCAAAGGCUAUCUGUUGGAAGUAUUCCACGAUCUAUGAAGGUUAUCCUGGAAGAUGACUUAGUAGACAGUUGCAAAUCUGGUGAUGACCUCACUAUUUAUGGGGUUGUAAUGCAACGGUGGAAACCCUUUCAGCAAGAUAUACGCUGUGAAGUGGAGAUAGUGCUGAAAGCCAACUACGUCCAAGUAAAUAAUGAGCAGUCAUCAAGGAUUAUUAUGGAUGAGGAAAUCCGAAAGGAAUUUGAAGACUUUUGGGAAGACUAUAAGAAUGAUCCCUUCGCAGGAAGGAAUGAAAUACUGGCCAGCUUGUGCCCUCAAGUGUUUGGGAUGUAUCUAGUAAAGCUUGCUGUKGCCAUGGUGCUGGCUGGUGGGAUUCAAAGGACUGAUGCUACAGGAACAAGGGUCAGAGGUGAACCUCAUCUUUUAUUGGUUGGGGAUCCUGGCACAGGGAAAUCUCAAUUCCUCAAAUAUGCAGCCAAGAUUACACCAAGAUCUGUGUUGACCACAGGAAUUGGAUCUACCAGUGCAGGUCUGACGGUAACUGCUGUAAAGGACUCAGGAGAAUGGAAUUUGGAGGCUGGGGCAUUAGUACUUGCAGAUGCAGGCCUUUGCUGUAUCGAUGAGUUUAACAGCCUUAAAGAACACGAUAGAACCAGCAUCCACGAAGCAAUGGAACAACAAACCAUAAGUGUUGCUAAGGCUGGCCUCGUGUGCAAGCUAAACACAAGGACCACCAUACUAGCAGCAACCAACCCUAAAGGCCAGUAUGAUCCCCAGGAGUCUGUGUCUGUGAACAUCGCCCUCGGCAGCCCACUUUUAAGUCGAUUUGACCUGAUCCUGGUUUUGCUUGAUACCAAAAAUAAAGACUGGGAUCGUGUAAUUUCCUCCUUUAUCUUAGAAAAUAAAGGUUACCCAAGCAAAUCAGAGAAGCUGUGGAGUAUGGAAAAGAUGAAAACCUACUUCUGCCUCAUUAGGACUCUCCAGCCCACUCUGUCUGAUGCUGGCAAUCAAGUUCUUCUCCGGUACUACCAGAGGCAAAGGCAGAGUGAUUCCCGGAAUGCCGCCAGGACAACCAUCCGCCUGUUGGAAAGCUUGAUUAGAUUAGCAGAAGCUCAUGCUCGGCUAAUGUUUCGUGAUAUUGUGACUCUAGAAGACGCUAUUACUGUGGUAUCAGUAAUGGAGUCUUCAAUGCAGGGAGGUGCAYUGCUGGGAGGUGUGAACGCUCUCCACACUUCCUUUCCUGAAAAUCCUCAGGCGCAGUACCAGAGACAGUGUGAACUUAUUCUGGAAAAACUGGAGCUGCAGAGCCUCUUAAAUGAAGAGCUUGAAAGACUUGAAAGGUUACGGAAUGAAAGGGCAUGCCAAUCCCAACCACGGGUAAUGGAGACAGAAACUGUUUCAGGGUCCUCAGGGAAUGAUACAAGGGAAGAACCAAAGUUUAGAACUUCAACACAGCAGGACCUGAACUGUAGCCCACAUACUUCCUCCCUUGGAGGCAGUCCCCAGGGAGGCCCACUUCUAGACCUCCAACCCCAUCUGAGGUCUGACRAAACAACAAGUAGAAGACAUUCAGCUGAGCUCAAAGAUGGCAGAGAUGACGGUUUGGACUGGUUUGACUUCAUGGCACCAARUAAGAUAGAACCUAAAAAUACUGUUCUCUCUCCUGGUCCUGAAGCAACUAAAAAAAACAAGGCGAUGAAAAUCUCUAAGAACAAAUCUCAAGGUAGGGAAAAGAGUGGGCCAGGCCAAGAAUCUGGGCCACUUCUAUCACCAGGAGCAACAGGUGGUCCACUGAGGCCAGGAAGUGUGGAGGGUAAAAAGGCCAAAAGGAGAGCACUGGUGUCUGAAGCAGCAGUCCCUACUGAUGAGCCCGACUCAGUACUGACUCAGCAUGUCCCUAGCAGGUUGCUCAGGCUGCGCAAGGAGAAGGCCCAGGUGUCAUCCAAAAGUACCGCCAGUGUGCCUUCACAGCCCACAGACCCUUCUGCUGCUCAGUCCAUUCCUGCACAUGGGCCAGAAAAAACACCAGAAAUAUCCAAGGGAAAGAGAUUGAGAUCCCUUGCUCAGGAAGAAGAGUCUGAACUUGAAAGUGUUAAUCCAGUUCUCCCAGUAGCCAAACUGGCAAAGUUUACUUUCGAACAGAAGUCAAAACUGAUUCACUCCUCUGAACAACACAGUCAUGCAUCUUCUGGCACAAGUAAAAUAACAGUUUGUAGUCCUAAAAUUCCCCAACAUAGAAUACGAAGAGAAGCAGCUGUGUCUGUGCAGGGUCCAGAAAAGCUGACCUCUACCUCAGGAAACAGAAACUUCAAUCAGCAACAGAGUGAAACAAAGGAGCUGUUACAUCAGCCACCAGAGAAGGAUGGAUCAAGAGAGGAGAAGGAAUGUGGCCCUGAAAAGAGGGUUAUUCAGCCUGAGUUGGAGCUUGGGAACAAGACUGGGCAUUCUCAUCUAACUUGUGAGACAGACAGAAAGGAAGAGGUUUCAUCCAGUAAGAAAAGCAACAAGGUUCACGCUGGCACGUUGGCCAAAUUGGCAAACUUCUCUUUUACUUCCUUGCUGGAAUCCAAAUCAGAGUCCCCUCCUCCUCCUGAAAGGAAGAACUGGGGUGAGAGAGGCCCCAGCCCGCCUCCUCCAACCACAGAUCCAAUGCUUGAGAGUAAAAGGAAAUCUUUUCAGCUGCAGGGCUCCGCUGAGAAACUGAUUCUUUCUAAAAAUUCUCUCUUCACUCUAUCAGAGCUAGAUGAUGAAGCAUUAGAUUUUGACUGGGAUGAAGAGAUGAGAAAAAAGCCAUAAUUGUGGAAAGCUUUCUGAUCAAAUUCACCUUCCCUGACUCAACAUAAUACCCUCAGAUUAUCAGUGUAGUAUUUAUAAGUGUAUGAACUAUCAUCCAUGUCCAUUUUGAGUACCAUUCCAAAUACCAGCUUCCCCAUCAAGUUUUAUUUUUCAGGUUUAUCUUCAUGACUUAAAAAAGUUGUCUAAUUUGAAUAAGAGUGAUAACAGCACUCGAAAUGAAUGGAUUAUGCUUAAUUUUGCAAAUGGAGUAUUCUCAAAGAUGGUUUUGUUAUUUCAUCUUUUUUUUUAAAUGAGGAGGGGCUCAUUCCUAAAUCCCUUCUUUCCAGGAAAAAAAUGCUUCAAAGGUAGCACUCAUAAGUCCAAAGGCAGAUGAACUCUUCUAUUUUUUCUUUUUUAUCUUUACCCAGGAUGUACUAAGUAUGGUGAAUAUUUAUUAUCACUUGGAAUUAUCAUGUGUUUUUCUAAUAUUGCUUUUGUGUUUAUUCUCAUGCACCAGAUUAAAUGUGGCUAAUACUUUUCUCUGAGAGGUAUCCUUACAACUCGAUAGCAUUCUGAAGAUCUGACAGCUAGUCAAAUAGUAGAUUUCUGAAGUACUGAUCUUUUGAGUUUUCUUUUUUCUUGAUCCAACAUUAUGUGCCUCAGAUUCUUUUUUCCUCUCAGGGACCUACCUUUCACACAACUUAAAUUAUUAUGUGGUCAGUAAAAAAGAGUGUACCCUAGUCUCAGCCAUACAUCAUGUCACAUGUACCCAAGUGGUUAAUAUGGAAAUGUGAUUCCUACCAAGAUAUGAUUCAUUUGUCUUUAAAAUAAAGCAAAUGAUUAUUUUUGACAGGAAUAGAUAACUUAAACUCUGUUUUUCUGUGUGCAUUUAAAUCACUUCUUCCUUUGGCUUCUAGCAAGGUCCUUGGGAUUACUUAAUUACAGUCUUUCUKUUCUGAAUUAUGCGUUUGUACCAUAAUGAUUGAUUCCUUAAUUGUCUGAAAAACUUUUGGGCAUGAAAAUUACUCAA